UCCGCUACAAAUCUUCCAUUUCACUCCGCCCCAGCAUCCGAUACGAGAGGAAACAGCACGGUCCAAAGCACGCGACUGCGUAUCGCCACUCCCGAAAUAGCCCCCCGCGCCGCUUGCCGACCAUCGACGUGCUUUUAGUAUGCUGCGCGCAUGCGACACGCCCGCACCCCUGUAUUCCUAGUCAUCACAUUUCAAUAAAAUCAAAAGUGCUAUGUAAUUAAAAUGGUCGCGAUCCUAGCCAACCCGAAAUGGAGCGAGGACCUCACCAUCCAAAUGAUAAUCGAAUACGAGAAACGUGAAUAUCUCUGGAACCCCGUCUCCGAGCACUACAAGAACAAAAAAGUACGCGAACAGGGCUACGUCGAGAUCAUCAACGCGCUGAAUCUGGUGGACGUAACUGUUAAGGAGCUGAAGAAUAAGAUAAAAAAUAUACGGUCAUCGUACAGUGUCGAGUUGAAGAAAAUUCGCGCGGCGCGGAAGGCUGGCGCGCAUGCGUACCGGCCCAGCGUCACGUGGUUCGAACACGCCGACAGGUUCCUAAGGGCGAUCGUCACACCGAGCUCCGUUGAUAAUAGCUUGUUGGAAAUCGCGAUGAGCGACGACAGCGACGCAGUCCAAGAUCUGAGCGAGCGAAAAUCCCCAGAAAAGAAAAGCCCGCGCAAGCGUAGGAAUUCUACUCGGUCAUCUACCCCUUACGUUUUGAACACGCCAUCACCGCGUCCCGGCACCCCGUUCGGUUUAAGUCAGUCCCCCUUUGGUAUCUUACCCUCAUCAACGACAUCGUUUCUCAACCCCCCAGUCGGAAUAGCCACACCACUCACCUCCCUCGCAACGAUAUACCCGUUAGCAAAACAAAAGAAGACCAACGACGAACGAAGCGAUUUAGAGCCGCAAGAUCUCAGUCAACACUCUGAGAAUGGGAACGAGAACGAGUUCGAAAUGUUUGGAAAACUAAUAGCCAGUCAGUUGAGAAAAUUGCCUCUCAGCCUUGCGUUGGACACGCAAUUAAAGAUUCAGACACUCGUGAACGCGGCUCGCAUUCAAGCGGUCUACCAACAGUACAGCUACGCGGGCCCGUCACAAGAGGCUUUGUCUGUGCAGGCACUCUCUAACGGAAUCCUAUCUAGUAUGUCACAAAGCACGUACUCGUCGCGUGCAAUGGGCAUUCGGAAUGAAUCCCCUGACUUACAAAGGGACUUGAAAGAUUACCAUGUCGGCUCGGAGCCAGAGGAUUAAAAUUUCAUUUUACAAACUUGAAAUAUUUUGUAUUAAAGCAAUAGGUACCAACAAAAUGGGGCAACUUUUUAUUAGUUACCCGAUAAUUAUGAAUUUUAAUUAUGUAAUUAUUGCUAAUCUACCUCUAUGUUUAAAAAUAUCGGAUUAUAAUAUGUGUUAGAAUUUAGUCUGUUAAUAACGAUGCCAAAGUACAAAUAUAAAUCUGCCAGUAGAUUACAGAGUAUACAAUUAAAAUAUUUAAUAUAUUAAGAAUUGAUGUUAGAUCUCGGUGUCCGGCUGUGUUGGUUUUGUUUAAAGAUUUUUAAAAUGUCUUUAAACCCUGUUUUAAAACGAGCUUAAUUUUGUAUUAUUCAAGUUUAUUCAAGACACUAAGUAUCUAUCAAACUGUUCGCAAUAAAUGAAAUGUCAAAUUGACAACACUCACAGACAUUAUUGAGACACUAGAUUUUUUUGACACCAAACGAUCAGUCUAGUACAUUGUCAUUGGUAUAAUAAUAAUUACGAAUUUAUUUUCAGUGAUACAGUAGGUACGUAGAUAUGUGAAAUGUGAUUAUUUAGAAAAAUACCUCAGUAUACCCUAGAUUUAACUAAGUAUUAUUUGUUGUUGUAUGUGCCAGAAUUAGAUUGUGAUCUAUGAAGAAUAAAUAUUUUAUGAAUGUC